GUCUCUGCUUGCAGCUUUCUGUACAGGCCAAUGUUCCUGAAGAUGCGUGGGUCAUGCACCUUCCUGGACCACCCCACAUUGAUGACAGUGACACGCCCACAGUGAUUCACAAGUGCCUGCAAUACCAUAGAGAAGUACCGCUUUCUAUUAACGUACUCCUUUGCAAGAUAGUCCGGGACCAAAAUUGGGAUAUGCAUGCCAUCUAUUGUCCUGCUGCAGUUCGGAAAUCCCGUUGCCGCAAAGCCAGCCACUAUUUCACACACAUUUCCAAGAGUCACAGUCCUUUGUAGCAGAAUGCCAUGCACACUUGCGAUAACGCAGUCCCAACUCUGGACACCAAACUGAUUCAUGACUGACCGGUAGCAGUCUGUAGUUGCUAGUUUCCACAGAGUGAUCGCCACAUGUUUCUCCACAGAGGGGGCAGCUCUCGUUUUGGUGUCUUUGCACUGCAGUGCUGGGCCAAGCUCCACGCACAGUUCCAGGAAGGUGGCUUUCCGCAUCUGAAAGUUCUGCAUCCACUGCUUGUCAUCCCAGACCUGCCUAACGAUGCGAUCCCACCACGCAGUGCUUGUUUCCCGAGCCCAAAAGCGACAGUCCACCAUGUGCAGCAGCUCAGUGAAUGCCAAAAGUAAUCUGGUGGUGUUGCUCUCCAUUGCACACAGCAGGAUUCUCCAUUUCUGGGUAAAGAAUGCAGACAAUAAAGUGCGUAGUUGUUGGAGACGGUGCAGUGGGAAAGACCUGUCUUCUCAUCAGCUACACCACCAAUGCCUUUCCAGAGGAGUACAUACCCACUGUGUUUGACAACUAUAGUGCCCAGAUGACUGUGGAUGGCCGGACAGUUAGUCUAAAUCUCUGGGACACUGCAGGCCAGGAGGAAUAUGACCGUCUGCGUACCCUCUCAUACCCUCAAACCAAUGUAUUUGUCAUCUGUUUUUCCAUUGGAAGUCCCUCCUCUUAUGCAAAUGUUCGGCACAAAUGGCACCCUGAAGUCUCUCACCACUGUCCUAAUGUUCCAAUCCUUUUAGUUGGCACCAAAAGGGACUUACGAAGUGAUGUGGAAACAGUUAAAAAGCUGAAGGAGCAAAGCUUGGCUCCCACUACCCCACAACAGGGAACUUCACUGGCCAAACAGAUUGGAGCAGUAAAAUAUUUGGAAUGCUCAGCUCUGAACCAGGAGGGGGUUCGAGAGGUGUUUGCUGAAGCUGUGCGUGCAGUUUUAUACCCAGUGACAAAGAAAAACACAAAAAAGUGUGUCCUGUUGUAGUUGCCGAAGAUGAUGGAUAUUUGAAGUGAAAUAAAGACUGACAGGGAUCUUGGUGGGCUCCUUUCUUUUUUAAUCGAAGAUUUGCAUCUUGCACUAACAGCUCUAAACAGAAAUGGUUCAUGCAAAGUAUAUUCUUGCAGUUUGGUAACUGCUUCAGGGAAACUGAGACAAACCAGUUCAUUCCAGACUAGUGAGAGAGUGAUCAGAUAUCUAUCCAUCUUCUAAAGUUCCAGAGUCUCCAACAUCUCCAGAGUUCAGUUGGCUUCCAUUCUUUUCAAUGAAGGAGGAGGGGACUUCUUCAGAGCCAAACUUUUCCUUUGCUAGACAAACUUCAGUUAUUGGCCUUGCUGAAAGAGAGAGAUAUUGAUAAUUUUGCUUUAAAUGUAGUUCCUGCUGCUUCUGGCCCUUACUGACUCAUCAACUUGGUCUACCAGACAAGAGUCUGGCUUUCUAAUUAUUGCCUUAAUUUGACAACAUGAAAUUUGAAAACCAUUUGUGUAAAUUUGAAAAUGCUUUCAGUAUUGAGAGACUUACAAGUAAUCACAUUUUUUACUAUAAAGUAUGAAAGUUAAUGAAAACCACUCGUUAGUCCAGUGGUUCAGACAUAAGGAACUCCUGAAAUGGUUUCAUUAAUAUUAAGAUCAGAAGUUGGCACCUCCUGAUAUGUGGAAUUCUGGAUAACAGUAACUCAAAUAAAUGAUUCUCUGGUUAUUUAGGAACAGAGAGGUGAGAUGGUAACAAAAUGCAGGUCUGCCAUAGUUGUCUUAACUGCAUUAGGGAUUCUCUUCCCCCUCUAAAAAGGUAUUUUAAAUUCUGACAAUGGAGUUACUGUUCUCUCUUCAAACUGCUUGAGGUAAUUGGGAUGACAUUCUCAAAGCGGAUUUCCUAGCAUGACAUGCACAUCCCCCUACCUUUUAGGAGAAUUCCAGAGAGUUGGAAAGAGACUGUUGCUCUUGAGGAAUUAGUUCUCUCUCCCCCUACCAUAAUUAGCCCCUGCAUCAUUGCAUGAGAGUUCAUGGCAGAUCAUGUCUUGGAAUUGUGUAGGUCCUAUUACAUGAAGCCACGAACCAUGUUUAACUAUGGUUCCAGUUAAACUGUUUUUAAUGGUUGGCCAGCUAUGGUAGAUACGGUUACCUGGGCUAGAGCAUUUUAAAAAUAAUUCUGCUCUCCACACUAGCUGGUCACACGUUAUUAUAAAGUACUUUAGCUGAAGCUCUAUUUAAACACUUCAGUAACUGUUCCUACCCCUUUGUGAAUAGUCACUGGCUUUUAUCUUCAGAAGUCUAUGUAUACUCACAACACCUAGGAUGAGCAAAAAAGCAGCAGUAUGAAACCUCCAUUAAAGACUAGCCCCUGCAACUUGCAGAUCUGAAAUUGAUGUGUUGUAUAAGAUAUUUUGUAUUAAUGCAAGGAUGCUGGGACUGGGUUUUCUGUACUGAAAUUAAUAAUCCCAUUCCUUGCUUGGGUGCCACUGACUGUAUUUGGGAGCAGCCUGUGUUAGUGGUUCAGAUCUCAGUUUCGUACAGAUAUCUCACCUAUACAAAAAUGUGUGUUAUGCCUGCACUAUAUGGAAUGAGCUCUCUUUUCGCAUUGCGGCAAGAUGCCGGCAAGUUGGCAACUGUAAGGCUAUUAGGAUUCAGAGAACUAUUAAAUUAGCCUUGUGUUAGGUGGUAUUGAAGUAUGAGGUGGAUAUGUUCCUAUCUGUGCCCUAAUUCCCCUCAAAGAAGAGGAUGUGCCUUUCUCUCUGCCUGAUGUACUGAUAACUUACAUUAACUACAAUUCCAUUAUAACUGAUGGCAUAUUACUUUAGCAAAUACCACUCUAAAAGGCUAAAUUACAAGCCACAGUUGACCCAAGCCAUCAGUCUGACUAGCUAAUGAAACAAUGUAGUUUACUGGGAAUGACCAAAUAACCAUAUGCCAUGAUGUUUGUAGAAGCCUGGAGAUGCUUCCUUCUACAUACCAUUUUCGUUUUUGUUCUUCACAAAGUGCCAUGGACUAGAACAACUUGGAGAGCUCUUGACUGUCUUCAUAGUACCUCAUUAACAGACUGAUUUCAACAUCUGAUAUUCCUGUGUAUUUUCUGCCAAGAGGAGUAGGUAUCCUUACUCCAGGGCCUGAUCUCUGCAGGAAUGAAUUUCAGGAGUGUGCAGAUACCUUGAACUUUUUUUCAUUAUUACAAUCAUUGAUCGAUAAUGUGUUAACAAAAUCUGUAAAUGGUCACUCUAAGCUUGAGAUGUUGCAAAUUUCUAUAAUUCUUAACCUAUUUUAUUGUAACUCUAGUGCAGAGUUCUGGUUCCUUUUUUUUGCCUCAAUUUUGUUCAUUGUCACACAAGUGGAGACUUGACUUAGUUCCCUGAUCAUAUGGUUGGAUUUGUCUAUUUCCAAAUAAGAUCAGAACAUUCCAGCAUUGAGAUGAGCAGUUGAAACCAGCCAUAUCAAAGUUUUAUAUUUGAGUGGCUGGGAAUGCAGCUGACAUGACAAUUCAGUCUCUCCUGUGCUAUUCAGUUUUUAUAUCCUUGUAGCAGACUAAUCAUUUACAUUUUUUGUCUUUGAGAGAGUUCACAUUUCCCCCCUACCCCACCCCCAAUUGAUUUGAACAGUUCAGGAGUGCUCUGUCCAAAGGAUGCUCUGAGGCAGUCUUUUUUAGAUGUAUACUUUUAGCACUCAAAUGCUCUGUUCAGUACACAACGGUAGCUAUUUAUAUGGAAUUUAAACCAAUGCUCUGCUUUUGAGUGCCAAAUUUGUGACCUGUAGAAUUCUUGGUGCUACCUGGGUAAAUCUGAACAAGCAAAUGGACCUCUCUCUCUAAGCAAAGGAGUUCUCUGAGCCAGUUAAAGUGGGAGGGUGAGGAGGACUCCUUUGCAUGAGAGGACCCUAAGAUGAUCUGAUUGAAGUGUGGUACUGAAACAUACACUGGCAACUUGAUUUUAUACUUAAAAGGAAUUUGUAUUGCAACUAACGAUUUAAAAUGAUUUUUAAAUUAUGCAGAAUUAAAUUGUAAUAAAGCUUUCUUGAUCUCUU